AAUGCCUCCCUUUUCUCUCUAAAUGAAGUGCACUAUGUAGGGUUUUAAAGAUGAUUCAUCAAUCCUCUCCGUUGUGCACUACUUUGUGAGAGUAGGCGGUUUGGACGCGGCCAGGCUGCUGUCAGGAAGGAAGUUUUUGUGCUCUGGAAAUUAGUCAGUCUUCAGCCUGAGGAUCAACCUGCGCACGUGCUGCCUCACUUUACCUUGCUCCUAAAAGUGAAUGAAGAUGAAGAUGAAGAUGUGACACCUCUUCAGUACGUUAGAGGCGGAACUGUCUAAGGGGAAGAGGCUUAGUGGCUCGUCAACACACACACACACACACACGCACUGUAUCACAAAUCCGCAUCACAAGACAGGUUGGGUCUCAAUGGCAGCUGAAGCACUAGAGAUCUAAACACAACAGAAGGACAGAAGAUGGAGAACAGUGGCUUUUAUAAUGACAACUACAACAGUGGAAGCAGUGAUGACGAUCUGGUGGAUCUCAGUGCCACUGCUCAGGAUCUCCUCGAAGAUCUGCCAUACGACGAGUGGGACCACAGCACAGGCUACAGUACACGUGGACAGAAUGGCAAUGUUAAGCUGCUGGAUCUGUUAGAUGAUGGGUUGCAUGCGGUGGGAACAUACGAUGAUUUCAACACCAUCGACUGGAUGAGGGAGAAAUCCAAGGAUCGAGAUCAUCACAGAGAGAUCAACAAGAAGAAGAGGCAGUCUGUACUGGAUCUCCUCUUGAGUUUGAGUGACGCUUUCUCUGGCUGGCUCCUCAUGCUCCUCAUCGGUCUCGCGUCUGGAGCAUUAGCUGGAGGCAUAGACAUCACAGCUCACUGGCUAACAGACCUGAAAGAGGGAGUGUGUCUGAACGGCUUCUGGUUCAACCACGAGCACUGCUGCUGGAACUCCAAAGAGACAACUUUCCAGGAAAGAGACAAAUGUCCGUACUGGAAGAGCUGGGCCGAGCUCACACUGGGAGUCAGUGAGGGGGCGAGUGCCUAUGUGGUGAACUAUCUGCUGUAUGUGACCUGGGCUCUGCUUUUCGCCUACCUGGCUGUGGUCCUCGUCAGAGCCUUCGCCCCGUACGCCUGCGGCUCAGGAAUCCCUGAGAUAAAGACUAUCCUAAGUGGGUUUAUAAUCCGGGGCUACUUAGGAAAAUGGACUCUCUUGAUAAAAACGAUCACGCUAGUGCUGGCCGUGUCUUCAGGCCUCAGUCUGGGGAAAGAGGGUCCGCUGGUGCAUGUUGCCUGCUGCUGCGGAAACAUCUUCUGCCAUCUUUUCACCAAGUACCGCAAGAACGAGGCCAAGAGGAGGGAGGUUUUGUCAGCAGCCUCCGCUGUGGGCGUGUCUGUGGCAUUCGGAGCUCCUAUAGGAGGAGUGCUCUUCAGUCUGGAAGAGGUCAGCUACUACUUCCCCUUAAAGACGAUGUGGCGUUCGUUCUUCGCUGCUCUGGUAGCCGCCUUCACACUACGCUCCAUCAAUCCCUUUGGCAACAGCCAACUCGUCCUCUUCCACGUAGAGUUCCACACCCCAUGGCACCUUCUGGAGCUCUUUCCUUUUGUGUUGCUUGGUAUUUUCGGUGGUCUAUGGGGGGCAUUUUUCAUCCGUGCCAACAUGGCCUGGUGUAGAUGGAGGAAGAACACACGCCUGGGCCACUACCCCGUGUUAGAGGUGGUGCUGGUGGCUCUGGCUACAGCACUGCUGGCUUUUCCAAAUGACUUCACGCGCAUGAGCGGCAGCCAUCUCAUCUCCGAGCUGUUCAACGACUGCAGCCUGCUCGAUUCAUCCCAGCUGUGCGACUACACCUCGCAAGUGAAGGAUGGAGCACUGAACGCUACCUUAAGUCACGGUGCUAACUUCACCAGCGGCCUGGCUGAAAGAGCUGCCGGGCCUGGAGUCUACACAGCCAUCUGGCAGCUGGCGCUAGCACUUGUCUUUAAGACACUGAUCACUGUGGUUACGUUUGGCAUGAAGGUGCCCUCUGGUCUGUUUAUUCCCAGCAUGGCAGUGGGAGCGAUAGCAGGCAGACUGCUAGGCAUCGGAAUGGAGCAGCUGGUAUUCUACAACCACGACUGGUCCAUUUUGAGAGGCUGUCCAUCCAGUGCCAAAUGCAUAACACCAGGCCUCUACGCCAUGCUCGGGGCAGCAGCAUGUCUGGGUGGUGUAACUCGGAUGACGGUGUCUCUAGUGGUCAUCAUGUUUGAGCUGACUGGAGGACUGGAGUACAUUGUACCCCUAAUGGCAGCCACUAUGACCAGUAAGUGGGUGGCGGAUGCGCUGGGCAGAGAGGGCAUCUACGAGGCACACAUCCGGCUGAACGGCUACCCUUUCCUCGAGCCCAAGGAGGAGUUCAAGCACAAGACCCUAGCCAUGGAUGUUAUGCGUCCACGGCGCUCUGAUCUUCCACUUUCUGUCCUCACGCAGAGUGGCAUGAGCGUAGAUCAGGUGGAGGCCGUGAUAGCGGAUACAUCGUUCAGUGGUUUCCCUGUAGUCGUGUCCCAGGAGACUCAGAGGCUGGUGGGCUUUGUGCUGCGGAGAGACCUGAUUAUAUCUAUAGAUAACGCACGGCGUAUUCAGGAGGGCGUCGUGGGAGCAUCACAGGUUCUCUUCACGGAACACACUCCUGCUCAGCCUCAUGAUGGCCCUCCUCCCCUCAGUCUGCGCAGCAUCAUGGACCUUAGUCCACUAGCCAUCACUGACCACACACCCAUGGACAUCACAGUGGACAUCUUCCGCAAGCUCGGCCUACGCCAGUGCCUCGUCACACAGAACGGGCGUUUGUUGGGGAUUAUCACUAAGAAGGACAUUUUGAGGCACAUGGCCCAGAUGACAAACAGAGACCCUGAGUCCAUCCUUUUCAACUGAGAAUCCCAUCCAGACAUUACACCGCAUUCCAUCACAUGGACACACACUGCAGAUUGAAUCACCCCAAUUACCUGGCGGAAAGUGUGUGUGUGUGUGUGAGGGAUGGAUUUUUUGUGAAUGACCUGAGGCUUUGGCAUAGUAGGAGAAGCGGAGUUGGGCGACAUGCCUGGACGGGAAGUCCUGUCUCCUGGAGGAUCUGACUCUAUAUAGCUUCCCCUGAAGCCGUCACACACUCCACUGCUGAGCACCACACACACACACACACACACACACACACACACACACACACACACACACACACACGGACCACUGAUCCACAUCUUCGAAAGACUGUCACAAAACAUUCCCUUGAACACUGAGUUUGAACUUUGCUUUUUUUUAAUCCUGCAUGUGUCACUCCUGGAUUCUCUUUCAGGGAAACCUUGGCAGGUGAAGGGCAUUUUGGGAAUGUCAGGCAUUUGGUUGCACUCUUCCCUCACUCACUCUAGCUGACAUGCUUGAACUUGCCCAGGUCAGAUAAUCGCUGUGGGAAGUGGAUGAGAGAUGAGACGAGAGCGUAUCAAGUUAAAAAGUCACACACUCUGUCUUGCUCACCCUCAGCCGGCCUGUCAGACGCGAAGAUAAAAGACAGCGCUGUGUUAACGCUCGGUGGAAUUGAAGUGUUAAUUUAAAAUGUCAGCGCCUGAAUGUUAACGUGCGAACAUGACUUGAACAUGAGCUGCUUUUAUGAAUGUUGAAGGGAAUUAUUUAAGCCGCUGUGGUCAACUUGUAUGUUUACAUAAUUGCUAAAUAUCUCUUGAUGAGAAAUUCUAGAAUCUGACAUCCAUUUGGGUUUUUAUGCCAUUUGGCUCAGAUAAAUUUACAUAGUUGGUCAGUUUGAUCUCCAUGAAUAGGUACGUCCUUCAGAUCACUCAUGCAUAUGCUGGAAAUUCGGAAAGUAUACUAGAGAACAUUCAUUGCAUUGCCAUGGGUUAGUCUAAAUGAGCAGCGACAGAAUACCCAUAAUGCAUUUCUCAGUUUUUAGUGACACCACUUUGCGGUUUCUGUGUGCUGUCCUUCCCAGCCCGGGCCAGUAGAGGUCACUGUCUCUCUCACCAACUCGCACGGCAGCCCUGUGAUUAUUCUGAUCCUUUUUGGCCAGCUCUCCUCCUCCUCUCAUGACUGUUCACGUGUCCUUGCAUUAGGGAGUUAAUGUCACCGUCUCACUCCAGAGAACUGCAGUCUGUGAGAGUUGAAGUUCGUCGCGCCGCUACUCUUUCCUGUGCUGCUCUCUGGGCGUGAUGGACUCGUCUUGGGUGUACCCUUCAUCCAUCCUCUGUUUUUCUUGCUCGCUUUCAUUAUGACCCUCGGCUGAGCAUCAUGUCUUUCCGUUCCCUCCUUUUGUUUCAGCAGUUGUGACAAUCCAAUAAUGACAUAAGGGGAGGUUCCUCCUAAAGGAAGCAGAGGCGGAAUGCGGGAGAGCUCCCUGACAUUUAUUUACUCUACUCCCCAUCCUCGGCACGCUCACUCCACUUCUAUUGUACUCGCAUGUUUAUCUACCUUAACACAAUGUUAAAAGCAUGUUAGUCCUUUCAGAUACACUCAGGCCUCUCUCUCUCUCUCUCUUUCUCAUGCACUCGCUUUCUUUCCCUAAUAUUCCCGCGAGCAGGAGCGAGGGCGCGGAGGUCGGAGGAGCUAUUGUUCCUGCUCAUGCUCGUCUGGGCUAGUGGUCGCCAGGAUGUUCCCCGACGGCGUUUCCCCGCUGCCCGGCCCUCUUCCACUCUUAGAGAGCCAAUUUCCGUCCAACAACAGCCAAUUCUGCUUUAUUGUAAUAUAAUAGAGGCGAGGAAAGAAACGAUCUCUGCCUCCGCUGAUUGAAAGUAAAUGUUUGUGUAUGUGCAUGCAAGGUGCACAGGAACGAGGGAUUAAUCCUUUCUUUAAUGACCCCCUGAGAAAACAAGGCGAGUGUUGCUGGGAGAGGCUGCAGAGGAGGUUAAUUAAACAGCAUGGCCGGGUCACAUUCACAAAGGUCCCUUUUUGUGGCAUCAGGGUUAUGAGAGAGAGAGAGAGAGAGAGUAAGAGAGAAAGAGAGAGAGAGAGAUUUGGCUAGAAGGAGGUUUGCUUGUUGCUGCUGGGUUACUGAGCUCUCUGCUGUAAUCCAACCCUUGAUUGGCUUUAAGGGCUCGGUCCAGGGCUGAAUGAAAUGUCAUCUAGAGCAGGACAUGCCACAGACCGAGGCCACAUACCCCUCUCUCUCUCUCUCUCUCUCUCCUUCUCUCUUAUCUGCAGAAAGCCACACACCACCCUGUGGAAGAAUGUACAAGUUAGUGUUUUAUCCAGCUGCGGUAUAACAAAAGUGCCAUUCAAACCCAGGAAGAUAAACAAAAAAGCAUGCAGCUGAACGUUGUUUGUAAGGCGUUUGUUCGAAAAAAAAGACGCCUGUUUUUGCUUAGUGAGAAGCAGUCACCAGUCGAGGCAUAGCAAAUGAAUUGUUGUAGCAAGCACAAGAUUUUGUCACAAGCCCAAGUCUUGUGUGUUGUGCCCGAAAACUCAGAAGAUGCAGACUCGGGAGCGAGCAGCGUGACUCCACCCUGCAGAUGGAUACACCUCUCAGAGUUACUGGACCAUCAGUAGGUUUGUUUAAUCCAUGCACACAGCUGAACACAGCCUGCUUCCCAUCGCAGCACUAAUUCUGUUUCAGUUUAAAGCAGAGUGAGAACAGCGAGACCUCACAGUAAUCACAGUAAUAUUAUUCUGGGAAAGCUAGACCAGAAAAGGCCUUGAAGGUCAAUAAUAAUGCAUUGUUUAGGACCUUUACACAAAAUGGAAUUGUAACUUUAUUUAUUUUGUAAAAUGCUGACUGUGCACUGUGGUGUUUGUGCUUAGGAAAAAAAAGGUCUGUUUUUGUGGAAACUUGUUUGAAUAAAUGUGAAGCAUUGUAA